UAUUUUUAAAAAGUUCGUGUUUUUUUUAAAGUCUAGUUCCUCAGUAUUUACACAGUAAUUGUAGCUUGUUGCUAUGUAGAAAGACUAGUGGGAACAAAAAGGGAAGGUGGAACAUGGAGGAAGUUGACGCUUGAAUGAGAAAACUGAAAGCAAACAAGCUGAAGUGCAGCCUGCUCGGACUCAGGGAGACAGCAGAGAGAUAAAUACAUCAAGUUCACUGCAGGGUUUGUUUUAUAGAUGAAGAUGAAGCUGCUUUUUGUUCUCAUUCUGAUGGUUUUCAUGCCAGCGAUGGUUGAACCAGCUCCUACUGAAGAACGACCCACAUGGCCAAGAACAACAGGAAGUUCUGAAAUAAAUCUAGACGGGAGGAUGUUCACUUUGUCUCGUAAUUAUGGAGGAGUAAUCUUCUAUCACCCCAAUUAUCAUUUCCAAACUUCCUACCCAACCAUAAGCUACAAAGUCGGAGCUCCAAACACCACCACCAAACCUCCAAAGACCACCACCACCACCAAACCUCCAAACACCACCACCACCACCACCAAACCUCCAAACACCACCACCACCAAACCUCCAAAGACCACCACCACCACCAAACCUCCAAAGACCACCACCACCACCAAACCUCCAAAGACCACCACCACCAAAGCUACAACUACUCAGAGUCCAACCAGAAGUGUGUCGGUGUGUCUGCGUUACAUGACUGACGCUGUGCAGCCAAACUUCCCACUCUUCACUCUCAGUCCAGGCACAUCCUCUCUGAGUCUCCAGGGUAGCUUUGACACGUUCAUGCUGUCCUAUUAUGAUUCCUUCAGUGUGGACCUGCAGCCCAUUGUGCACUUAUGGCCGGACAUUAAGCAGGACAUCUGGACCAGUGUCUGCCUCACUGUGGACACCAGUAAGAGUGUGGUCCAGAUGUUCAGUGGCGGGUAUAUGAGCCCCAGAAAGGUGAUGCCUUAUCAGUAUGUGUGGUCAGGCGAGCCUGUGAUUAGUUUCCCAGGUUUUGAUGGUCAGCUGACAGACGUCCAGGUGUGGGACUAUCCUCUGCGAUAUAGAGACAUCUUCUACUACAUGAGCAGAAGUUAUUAUGGGUCUUACAGCGGCUCCGUCAUCUCCUGGUCCUACAUCAGAUACAAUAACAAAGGGAGGGCAGUCUUGGAGGACAACUUUGACAUGCGAGCAAAAGUUGAGCAAGAGAGUAGACGGAAGGAAAAGAAGAUGAGAUUCUUCAGUGUGGAGGAGGAAAACAAGCUGCUGCUUUAAUGACAGAAGAUGAAACUGUCCUGUGAAGCUGAGAUGUCUCUUUUCCCAGUGGCUAAAAACUAGAGGGUGGUCCCCUUCUUCCCCUUCUUCUUUUGUAUUAAUGUAUAUAUCAGAGUUCACUUCAUGCAACUGUACAGUGUAAUCCAUUAUCUUUUAUCUUUGUUUCACCAGCCUUUUUUGUUUUUGUUUGUUUUUUCGAUCAUAAUCACUUGAAAUCUGAAAUGUCGAUGGAAAUUUUCACAGAAGUGAAAGUUGAGGUUAAUUUUCCCAUUGACUUCUAAAGAACAGUCUUUUUGAAGCUACAGGAGUUGCCACCUGGUGGCCAAUAUGAAAAAUGAAGAUUUAAUGCACUGGUAAAAGUCCUGACUCUGUGAGUGUUUAAUCUCUUAUUUAACUUUGAAGUUUUACCUUUAAAAUAUGAAACGCCUUAAGAAAAAACACCAAUGCAGCUCAAAUUUAUAAAGGAAUUCUGCUGUAGUCAGAGAAACCUGUCAGCAAGACUCACUGGGCUUACGCUGUAAAGGAAAUGAAGAAAUAAUUUACUUUAUGACUUAAAUAAACAGCAAUUAUCUAUGAAUAAAAAAAAUGCCGUUUUCACUGUGUAAGAAAAUGAAAAUUAUAUUGUAAAUUGUGAAAAAAAUAUUAUUAUUAUCAAAAAUGACUUACACAUGGACUGUUACCCCCUUACUCUAGUGUGCCUAGCUUUAAUUAUUUGUAGGUAAACAUAACCUUAACUUCAAAUGAAAGUUUGAAGUUAAGGUCUAUAAAGGUGUGUGUGUGAAGAAUGCUCCACAGAUCAGCCUUUAGCACAGGACUGCAUAGGAUGCAGUGUGCUGAUCUCCAGAUGCAUCUGUAAGGAAAAUGGGUAAUAAAAGGA